AUGACAUUGAAGACAAAUGUUUCACAGUCAUAUAAUCAAUCAGUGCAUGUUGAUAUUGAAUUAGAUGCAGCUGAUCUGAAAACUUCAGGUCCUCGGCUUGCUUGUUUGGUUAAAAGCGACUGGAUCAAUAAGAAACUAAGUUUCAAAGAACUAACAGAUGGUCUUUCUAAUCAAAUGCUCGCAAUGUUUCCUCCAUCGUAUGAUGAACAAGCUCUCAUCAUUCGAACUUACGGGAAAAAUUCGGAUUUAAUCGUCGAUCGACAAGCCGAAAUUCGGAAUAUGGUGAAACUUUCUCAAUACGAUAUGGCCAACGAAGUUCUGGCAACUUUUAACAAUGGAUUCUUAUACGCACUGGUGCCAGGUGAUCAAAUUGAUGUCGAUGAUGGGAAAAUUGAUUCACCGUUGGCAGCUAAACUGGCUGCAUUCCAUUCGGUUCCAUCUGAUGACGGCAAUAAUGAAAAAAAAUCUCGAUUGACAGAGAAACUCGAUCAUUAUGUUCAUUUACUGAAUGGUACAAAUUCUCAAUUACGACACCGAUUGGAAGCAAUGGAACCGUCAGCGACUGGAAUGCUUGACGCAAUUAAGACAACUGUCGGUCUUCAAUCUAGUCCACCGUCACUGGAUUCUCUCGAAUCAUUUUUCGAAUAUUCCUUUGCUCAAUUGGAUGAUGAUCUCCAUCAAAUCAAAUCAACGUUGAAACAAAAAUGGUCCGAUAUUCCUGUUGUUCUGUGCCAUAAUGAUACCCUGAGUCGUAACUUUCUCUUCGACAAACAAACAAAUACUAUGCAUAUGAUAGAUUUUGAACAUAGUUUUGACAAUCUUUACUUAUAUGACAUUGAGAAUUAUUUUGUGGAGUUCGCUGGUCUUAGCUCAUCGCCUGACUGGUCAAAGAAAUAUCCAAGUCGAGAACGACGAUUGAACUUCAUCAGUGAAUAUGUUAAACAUGCUGAUUUCUUACAUAAAAAACCUGGUGCAGAUGAAUUGGAAAAACUUUGUGAUCGUUGCCAUUGCCUUCUGCCACUUACGCAUCUUUAUUGGGCUUUGUGGGCUGUACUCGAAGCUAUGCUGAAUCCUGAAGCAUUGAGUGAAUUUGACUACGUGAAUUAUGCAAAGAAUCGGUUCACUCAGUACAAAUUACACAAGAACGAGUUUUUUGCUUCGUAA